UUGAGACGCUGUCGUUCUGCUGGUGUUGACACACCAAUCCCUCCCUCUCCUUCCAUCCAUCCAGCCGUCCUUCCACCUCGUCCAACGUUCCCAACUUCACCCCGUCCUAAGUCUCUCGCGCCCCGUAGUCCAAAGGCACCGCUGUCCUUUCUCCCAACACACAAGCACACACACAAGCACACGCGUGGCAUGUCCAGCGAAGCGCUGUUCCUGGCGUUCCUGGGUGUUGUGACGUGGAUUUUGCUGCGGGCCACAAGCAACGAGCCGCGUCGCGCAGAUGUCGACGUCAGCAAGUAUGCGCAGUGGACGCCGAAGGACACCGGCGUUUACCUGCGCGAGCAAGGGUACACGGACGAGCACAUCGCGGCAUUCGUAAGGGCCAUGAAGAAGCACAGCUUGCGGGGAAACAUUUUGCCCAGCUUAACAGAAGCAGACCUGCAGCAUCAGCUGGAGAUCGACAACGCGCUGACGAGGAAGCAGAUGGUGGCGGACUUCCAGCUGCUUCCUGCAGCAGCACACGCGCAGCGAGCCCAGGACAGCCCGCGCCGAUCCCACGCAGACCCGUACCAAAAGGACCUGAAGCCCAACGGGACGUCAAUCAUUGGCGGCCUGUUCAGCUUCAUUGGGAGCAUCAUCUUCUCAGUGUUUUGGGUGGUUUUGCAUGGAGGCUUGUUGCUGUUCCUGCUGCUGUUGUUUGGGCGCCUGAAGCAGAACAGCAACCAGCUCAAGCCCCUGUCCGAAGCGCUGGACUUUGGGCGUUUUGGCUGGCCAUCGCAUGCAGAGGAGCGCAUGAAUUACAACCUGCAGUAUUUUGCUCCCAACUACGUGCUGUCCCUCAUCAUGGCGACGGUGCUCAGCCUCCUCACCAUCGUCAGCCCAGCCAAGAUUGGUGUCGUCCUCACCCUGUGCACCUUGCACAUGUUCCUCCGCAAGCGACCUCCAGCAGCUGUGCUUCAGGGCAUGUCUGUCUGGAACCUCCUUUUCAACCGCCGCCGCCACAACUGAGAAGCAGAUGUGCGUGAGGGGAGGCGGCAGUGUAGCGUCAGUGUGUGCAUGUUACGUGUGUUUGUGUGUGUGUGU